AGCGGCUGCGCGACACUGUACGCCGCUUCGCUGUGUUAGCGGUUCGUGAUAAAUGUGUGCUGUUUUACACUUGUCAACAAUUUUACUGAACGCAUAUGUGCUAGCUCUGGUUUAAGACGCUAUUUACAGUUAAAACGAAUAGUUUUCACCGCUGCUCGGCGUUUUUUUCAAGGUUGUUAGCGGAUUAGCGCUUUAAAGAUGGCUGAUCCGUGGAAUCGAGGACAUGGUGCUGUGGAUGACAUGCUGGAUGCUGAAAACAGGCUGAUGGCAGAAAAUCUGGCCAGUAAAGUCUCUAGACUCAAAUCUUUGGCAUAUGACAUUGACAAAGAUGCCGAGGAGCAGAAUAACUACUUGGAUGGCAUGGACUCUAACUUUCUCAGUGCAACUGGCCUGCUGACUGGAAGCGUAAAGAGGUUUUCCACAAUGGUACGAUCCGGCCGGGACAACAGAAAGAUCUUGUGUUACGUGUCUGCCGGUUUGGUUGUGGCCUUCUUCAUUCUGUACUAUCUAGUGUCACGGAUCCAGAACUAAUGGGUCAUUUGCUCAUGUUUCAGAACAGGUUUCUCAGUUCUAUGAGAAUUUUUUGGGAUGCUCUGUUUGAUCCUUUUACGAGGUGAUUUCAGUGAAGUGAACAGCAAAUGACAUUCCAUGACUAUAAAAGAGGAACGACUGCGGUUUGAGGAUGGUUGAUCACAUUAAACUUUAAGCAAGCGCUUUGUUUACACUAUCAAAAGUGGUCUAUUCAGUGUAUAUUUUUAUUCAUAAUCGAAAGUAACAUACCAUGGACCAAUUCAAAUUAAUUAAAAACAUAUUUUUUCAAUUUCCAUGCUUUAUAUUUUUAUCAUUGUAGAUUAUGUACGAAAAUUAAACUAAUGCUUUUUGAUAUUUAUAUACAUUAAAAUGAUUUUAAAUGCU